AUGGAACGUAAAACUGUAUUUUGCUACUGGGCAAGCUGGGCAAUUUAUCGAUCAGGCAAUGGGAAUCAUAAUAUUGGACAAAUCGUUCCAGAAUAUUGCAGCCACGUUAUCUUCACUUUUAGUGGUUUGGAUAUAAAUGGAGAAAUUACCAGUCUAGAUCCAGAUGCUGACUUUAAAAAUGGGGGUUUCAAGGACUUUAUUGCCCUGAAGCAAAGAGAUCCUUCGGGUUGCUUGAAGGUAAUUCUAGCCAUAGGUGGAUGGGGUGAAGGAUCAGAAAAAUAUUCAUUGAUGGCAGAGUCGGCGUCUAGCCGUGAAAAAUUUGCCGAUAGUGUUUUACGUUGGCUUAUUUUUUAUGGAUUCGACGGAAUCGACAUUGACUGGGAAUAUCCUACACAACGUGGGGGCUUAACGAUUGAUCGUGAAAACUUUACCGAACUGUUAAAGGUUUUGAAAAAGAAACUAUCUCCAAGAAACCGAACCCUAUCAGCUGCAGUAUCCGGAUCUCUUGAAACUACCAAAUUGGCUUAUGAAACUAACCUUAUAUGUAAAGAACUUGACUUCUUAUCGAUAAUGGGCUAUGACUUGCAUGAUAGCAAUGUGACAAGUAAUCAUUCACCGCUAGAAGCGGAAGGUGAGGCCACUACUUCCCGCUCAACUAUAUCUUCUACUAUAGAUUUCUAUAGAAGAAGUGGAUGCCCAGGGGAAAAAAUUCUCUUGGGUGUUCCAGCAUAUGGCAGAAGUUAUGUUCUUAAAGAUGCUCGUAUAACUGCUUUGGGAGCACCUAUUACUGGCAAAGGAAAAGAAGGUACAUUUACACGUGAAAAAGGAUUUUUGGGAUAUAAUGAACUAUGUGAGAUGUUUAAAAAGCACAAAGGUUUUAAGAGGGAAUAUUCCGCAAAGAAUUCAUCAGUUUAUGCGUUCAAUGGUAAACUGUGGGUUAGCUAUGACGAUGAGCGAACAAUAAGGCAGAAGGCGGAGUAUGUUUUGAGAGAAAAGCUUGGGGGAAUGAUGCUAUGGUCGAUUGAUACAGAUGAUUUUCGAGGAAAAUGUUCAAAUCAAAUGUAUCCUUUGCUGAGGGCUAUGAAUGAAGGAUUAAAAUGGGAGUCAAAGACCAAAAAAUAA